AUGUCAGACGACGAAGACUUUUCUCAUCUUCAUGCUGACAGAAAUAGAAAAUACAAAAAGGCCGGAGGAUGGCAGGCAUUAGGUCUUGAUCACAAUGUCUUCAAAGGUGUAGAAAAAAAAGGUUUCAAACAACCCACCCCUAUUCAGAGGAAAACUAUUCCUUGCAUUCUUGAUGGUAAAGACGUUGUCGCUAUGUCUCGAACAGGAAGUGGUAAAACAGCAGCUUUUAUAAUUCCCAUGUUGCAAAAACUAAAAGGAAGAGAUACUACUGGUAUAAGAGCUCUGCUCAUUUCUCCUACCAGAGAAUUGGCUUUACAAACUUUCAAAGUCAUGAAGGAACUUGGAAGAUUCACUGGUUUACAUUGUGCUAUUCUGGUGGGAGGUGAUGCUCUGGAAGAUCAAUUCUCGAGUAUGCAUGAAAACCCUGAUAUUCUUAUUGCCACACCUGGACGUUUACUUCACGUAGUCGUAGAAAUGGAGCUCAAACUCAACCAUGUUCAGUAUGUAGUGUUCGACGAGGCUGAUCGAUUGUUCGAAAUGGGAUUUCAAGAUCAACUCACGGAUACAUUGAAAAGAAUUCCGGAAAAUAGACAGACUCUCUUGUUCUCUGCCACACUUCCAAGAAUGCUGGUAGAUUUUGCAAAGGCCGGAUUAACUGACCCUGUUUUAAUACGUUUGGAUGUUGAUGAAAAAAUUAGUGAUAAGCUCUCGAUGGUUUUCAUAACGACCAGGGCGGACGAUAAACUAUCUACUCUGGUUCACCUAUGUCGUGAUUUGAAUGCUGAAAACAAGCAGACCGUUGUCUUUUGUGCUACCAUGAAACACGUCGAAUAUGUUGUGGCCGUUCUGAGAAGAGCCGGUGUUGAACCUUCAUUCAUCUACAGUCAAUUGGAUGCUACAGCUAGAAAAAUGAACAUUGCCAGAUUCCAAGAAAAAGAGAGCAACAUAUUGGUGGUAACCGAUGUUGCUGCUAGAGGAGUCGACAUCCCUUACUUAGAUUACGCUAUCAAUUUUCAUUUCCCUGGUAAAGCUAAGCUUUUUGUCCAUCGUGUUGGACGUGUAGCCAGAGCUGGAAGAUCUGGAACAGCGAUUUCAUUGAUCGCUCCAGAUGAACUGCCAUAUUUGACAGACCUGUUUUUGUUCUUUGGAAAGCCAAUGAAUUUUGCUAAGGACUCAGAUGAUUAUGACGAAUCUGUUACUUUAAUAGGAAGAGUUCCCGACGAAGUUGUCGGUUUAGAAACUGAGUUCCUACAUAGUAUUCAUGAUAACAAUACAGACUUGCUCGACCUCCGUCAAAAAGCCACUAAUGCCAUGAUGAAGUAUACCCGAACGAGACCUCCACCAUCAGCGCAAUCGGCUAAACGAGUGAAAGAAGAAAUAAGAAUAAAAUCUUCCGAAUGCUCUACUCAUCCUUUCAUCCGCCUGAAAGGAGACCAGCAACAAUAUGAUAUUUUAAAUAGGCUAUCGAAGUUCAAGGCUCAUACAACAAUUUUCGAAUUAAAUAAAGGAAAUAAAGCUGACGGUGUCAAAGUGAUGAAGGAGAAAAGAAAACAACAUCAGAUGUUCAUCACUGAAGCCGCCGAGAAGAAACAACGAGAACUGGAAAAUGCCCUCCUGGCUCAGGAGAAUGUACAACAAGAACCGAAAACAGUGGAUGAAUGUGAUGAAUCAGAAUUAGAAGCAGUUUUCAAACAAGUCGUAAAACCGACAAAGUUUAAUCCGUCGGAUAGAGCUGAGCAACGUCGACGUGAAAAAGAACAACAUUAUAUACCAUAUCAACCUUCUGACCAUACUUCUGAGAGUCAUUUAGCUCUCCAAACUGUCGAUUUUGCCAAACAAGCUGAAGGAGCAGCUUGUGACAUGAUUGCUGAUGAUGACAAAGGAAUGUACAAGAACAGUCACGCUAAGAAAUGGGAUCGUAAGAAAAAACGCUUUGUUGGAGUUUCUGGAAACGAUCCAUCCCAAAAGAAAAUCAGAACAGAAGAAGGUACAUGGUUACCAGCUUCCUACAAGAGUGGUCGUUACGAGGAAUGGAAGAAAGACCAGAAGAUCGGAUUCAGAAAGAAAAAAGAUGAUGAUGAUGACGAUAAUAGCAGCAGGAAUAAGAGUCUUAGUGGAAGAAACAGAUGGGGCAAGCAGAAGACUGCUAACAGCACCGCUAAGAACGAAUUGAGGAACGUCUCUCAAAUUCAAAAGGGAAGAAGGAAGCAAGCACAACUAGAAGACUACAUGAACCACCGAAAAACACAAAAUAUGAAGAAAAAGGCCUCAGGGUUAGGUGUUAAGGGAGGAAAAGUAGGAAAAGGUGCAAAAGCAGGUAAAGGGGGUAAAGGAGGAGGUAAAGGAGGCAAAGGUAGAAGAUAA